UCCACACUAUAAAACACCGUCUCACCUAUUCAAUCCAACCAAACACCUUGAAACACUUAGUUUUCUGUUGUCUUGUUCCCCUUUAACACUCCUACUAGUCAAAAUGGCUGCCUCAAUGCCAACCUUUGGAGCUGUUAACAUGGCACCGUUGAAACUGAAUGGCUAUAGCAGUGGAGUGACAGGCUCUGCAUUCUUUGGAAUCUGUUUGAAGAAAACCAGUUCUGUGAGAUCUAGCCAGAAGAGUGUGUGUGGGAAUUUCAAAGUUUCUGCAGAGAUUGAAUAUGAUGAGGAGAAGCAGACUUCAAAGGAUAGAUGGGGAGGACUUGCUUAUGACACUUCCGAUGACCAGCAGGAUAUCACUAGAGGGAAGGGAAUGGUGGACACUCUCUUCCAAGCUCCCAUGGAGAGUGGCACUCACUAUGCUGUCAUGAGUUCCUAUGAUUACAUCAGUGCUGGUCUUCGCCAGUACAAUUUGGACAACACCAUGGAUGGCUUCUAUAUUGCUCCUGCAUUUAUGGAUAAGAUUGUUGUUCACAUCACCAAGAACUUUUUGUCCUUGCCAAAUAUUAAGGUUCCUCUUAUUUUGGGUAUUUGGGGAGGCAAAGGUCAGGGGAAAUCAUUCCAAUGUGAGCUUGUCUUUGCCAAGAUGGGAAUCAACCCCAUAAUGAUGAGUGCUGGAGAAUUGGAGAGUGGAAAUGCUGGAGAGCCUGCUAAGUUGAUCAGGCAAAGGUACCGUGAGGCAGCAGACAUUAUCAGAAAAGGAAAGAUGUGCUGUCUCUUUAUCAAUGAUCUUGAUGCUGGAGCUGGUAGGCUUGGUGGAACAACUCAGUACACUGUGAACAACCAGAUGGUGAAUGCAACCCUCAUGAACAUUGCUGACAACCCAACCAAUGUCCAACUUCCUGGCAUGUACAACAAGGAGGAGAAUCCCCGUGUUCCAAUCAUAGUCACUGGCAAUGACUUCUCAACAUUGUAUGCUCCUCUCAUUCGUGAUGGUCGUAUGGAGAAGUUCUAUUGGGCACCUACUCGAGAUGACAGGAUUGGUGUCUGCCAAGGCAUUUUCAGAACAGAUGGUAUCCCAAAAGAGGACAUCAUCAAGCUUGUUGACACUUUCCCUGGCCAAUCUAUUGACUUCUUUGGUGCCUUGAGGGCCAGAGUGUAUGAUGAUGAAGUGAGAAAGUGGAUUUCUGGGGUGGGAGUGGAGAAUGUUGGGAAAAAGUUAGUGAAUUCAAAGGAGGGACCACCAACUUUUAAGCAACCACAGAUGUCUCUUAGCAAGCUCCUUGAGUAUGGAAACAUGCUUGUCCAAGAGCAAGAGAAUGUGAAGAGAGUUCAACUGGCUGACAAAUACCUCAAAGAGGCUGCACUUGGAGAUGCAAAUGAAGAUGCCAUGAAGACAGGAAACUUCUAUGGACAAGCAGCUCAGCAAGUUCAUGUUCCUGUUCCUGAAGGUUGCACUGACCCUGCUGCAGAAAACUAUGAUCCAACAGCCAGAAGUGAUGAUGGAAGCUGCACAUAUACACUUUAGGUGAUGAUUCUUAGGUAAAUUUGGAGCAGAUACGGAGAUAUAUGGUACAGAAGAAUAAAGAAUGUUAUCAUGUUUUUCACAUUUGCAUUCACUUCUUUUAUGUAUGUUGUAGAUAUUUGAAACCUUUUGUGUUUGGUUUUAUGGGUGGCAAUGAGACAUCUUAUAGCUAUCAUAGUUGAAAACGUCCUUUUCUUUGGGU